UCGCCUCCAUGAAACCCUAGCUCGUCAGACAUGGACAACAACGACGCUCCCAAGCGCAAGCGCGGCCGCAAGCCGAAACCACCGGCUGUCGCGGCCCCCGACAACGGCAACCACGACUCUGCACCCUCGCCGAAGCCCAAGCGCGGCCGCAAGCCGAAGCCGCCGGCCGCCGCCUCCCCCGAUAACGACCACUCCGCGUCUCCCCUCGCCGCCGCCUCCGACACUCCCGACCCAGCUUCUUCCUCCGGCCAUCGCGGCCGCGGCCGUAAGUCCCGACGUGGCCGUCACGAGCCUCCAUCCGAUGCCGACGCCGCCCCCCGUGCGCCCCCCUCCCCGCCGCGCCGUGGCUCGCAGAAGGGGAUGGCGAACAUCAAAUUGGACGCUCCUGCGGUGGAACCGUUGCGGUGGGAGCAGGUGGCAAAAGUAAUGCCGUCCAUGGAUGCCGUGGUAAAAGUUUUCUGCGUGCACACCGAGCCCAACUUCUCGAUGCCUUGGCAGCGCAAGCGGCAAUAUAGCUCCAGCAGCAGCGGCUUUAUCAUUGGGGGGCGCAGGGUGCUCACCAAUGCCCACUCCGUGGAGCACUACACCCAAGUCAAACUCAAGAAGCGAGGUUCAGACACCAAGUACCUCGCCACCGUUCUUGCCAUAGGCAACGAGUGCGACAUUGCAAUGUUAACUGUCGAUGAUGAUGAAUUCUGGAAAGGUGUUUUGCCUUUAGAGUUUGGAUCACUGCCAGCACUUCAGGAUGCUGUCACUGUUGUGGGUUACCCUAUUGGAGGAGAUACAAUUUCUGUGACAAGUGGUGUUGUAUCUAGGAUAGAAAUACUUUCAUAUGUUCAUGGUUCUACAGAACUUCUUGGAUUACAGAUAGAUGCAGCUAUAAAUUCGGGAAACUCUGGGGGCCCUGCUUUUAACGAUAAGGGCAAAUGUGUUGGUAUAGCUUUUCAAUCUCUUAAACAUGAAGACGCAGAGAACAUAGGCUACGUCAUUCCCACCCCAGUUAUUAAUCACUUUAUUCAAGACUAUGAGAAGUCUGGAGAGUACACAGGCGCUGUUGCCACAAAUUCCAGAGGAACAAAACCGUUUUUUUAUGAAACACCACAUUUUGGAGGUUUCCCUAUACUUGGGAUAGAAUGGCAAAAAAUGGAAAAUCCUGAUCUUCGGAAGGCUAUGGGAAUGAAAACUGACCAAAAGGGUGUUCGUAUCAGAAGGAUUGAGCCAACUGCUCCUGAAUCUGGAUGCAUGCAGCCUUCUGAUAUUAUUCUUAGCUUUGAUGGCAUAGACAUUGCCAAUGACGGCACAGUUCCUUUCAGGCAUGGGGAGCGCAUUGGGUUCAGCUACCUAGUUUCACAGAAGUAUACUGGCGAGAAGGCACAUGUCAAAGUUCUCCGCAGUUCAAAAAUUCACGAGUUUAAAAUAAAGCUAGCAAUCCACAAAAAACUCAUUCCAGCUCAUAUAAAGGGCAGGCCACCAUCAUAUUACAUUGUUGCUGGCUUUGUUUUUAUGGUUGUAUCUGUUCCAUUUCUUCGAUCCGAGUAUGGAAAAGACUACGAAUUUGAUGCCCCUGUCAAGUUGUUGGACAAGCAUUUGCAUGCAAUGGCGCAAUCACCUGAUGAGCAGCUGGUGGUGGUGUCACAGGUACUUGUGGCAGAUAUCAAUAUCGGUUAUGAAGAACUUGUCAAUACUCAGGUUCUUGCGUUCAAUGGCAAGCCUGUAAAUAAUUUGAAGCAGUUAGCUACCAUGGUGGAAGACUGCAAAGAGGAGUUCUUGAAGUUUGACAUGGAUUACGACCAGGUUGUUGUUCUGGAGACAAAAACUGCAAAGGCUGCUACUCAGGACAUUUUAGCAACACACUGUAUACCUUCCGCGAUGUCGGAUGACUUGAAGGCCUGAGUAAAAGCAUGCUGAUUCUACUAUAUGCUUUGGUCGAUACUAUCUGCCACACUUUUUGUCGAGAAACCCCUCUUUUAGGAAUGACAGCAGCAGCAGCCGCUGAAGUUCUGUGCGCGCAAUAGCAUCCUGUGAGCUGGCACUCUGGCUGCAUGAAAGAAAGGGGAAGGUGACAAAAACAUAACAUCUUCACAAGUUGGAGUCGUUAGAUUGAAACGCAGCUCCGAGCAGUUGAGAAAGCUUGUAGAAUAGCAUCAAAUAGUUUUGCUCUCAUUUCAUUUAUUGAGUCAAUAUCAGAAAAUUCCAUA